GCAAACAAAAUUUUUGCCUAAUUUACCUUUGGUAUAAAAAUAAAUUCUUGUAUUAUAAAAAAAAUAUAUUUUUUGUUAUUGAAAAUUUGUUAAAUAUGUUUCAAGUGUUAGGUAUAUACGUUGUAUUGUUAUAGGGAGAAUAUAAAAUGAUAAUAACAGCAGUGUAUCAAUGUUCAGAGGAACCGAAAGAUUCACCGUUGAAGUUUAAUAUAUAUUCGAGUAAAAAGACAUCUAAUACAACCGAAAUCAGAGGGAAUUUUACAUUUGGAAUACCUUUUGACGAUUCUCUAAUAGGAGAAUAUAGAAUUGUAGCAGCAGCAAUUUAUCAAUGUGCAGAUGAACCAAAAAAUCUACCAUUGAAGGCUAAUUUAUAUUUGAGUAAAAAGUCAUCUAAUACAACCGAAGUUAGAGGGAAUUGUUCAUUGAAGAUACCUUUUGAUGAUUCUCUAACAGGAGAAUAUAAAAUGAUAAUAACAGCAGUGUAUCAAUGUUCAAAGGAAAAAAAAAAUCUACCGUUGAAGUUUAAUAUAUAUUCGAGUAAAAAGUCAUCUAAUACAACCGAAAUCAGAGGGAAUUUUACUUUUGAAAUACCAUUUGACGAUUCUCUAAUAUUUGAUGUAAAUGUCGCUUCUUGGAGUUUAACUGGUGGUUGGAAACCAAACUCUCUAGUUUAUGUCACUAAGAAUGCCUGUUCUAAAUUGAAAAGUAUUCUGGGAAAUUCAUGGUAUUCACUUAUAAAAGCUGUCAAUUCACCAACUACUAACUGCCCAAUACCAAAGGGUAUUUAUAUAUCAUCAGGAUACGACACAACACUUUUUAAUGACAACAAUUUUCCUAAAGUGUAUUUUUAUGGAAAAUAUAAAUACGUUGAAAAAAUAAAAAACCAAAAUAAUAAAGUUGUUGGUUGUAUAGCUGCUGAGUUAAGCAUUGUACGGCCAUGGGAAUUGACUUUAUGAAUUGACACUUACCUUCCCUAAUACGAAUGGUUAUUUUAUUGUAUUACACAUAAAUUGGUUAGUAAUUCGUGACUCCUUAACGUUUCAUUUAAUCAAUAGUGAUCAAUAUCAGAAAUGACAACUAAAAAUAUACUACCUAUAUAAAUAUAAGGGACAAACACACAUUUACUGUAAAUUAGAAUAAGUCUCAACACUUAUCAUCACACAGCGUAUAAAGUCAUAGUUUCAUGCUUAUUUUUAGUAAAGUUGUAUAAUUAUACUUGGUAUAUUAGAAACUAUUUAGAAAAAUUUGCAUAACUAUAUCAUUAUUAUUAGAACUUAAAAUUAUUAAUAAUUUAUAACUUAUUCAAAAUAUUAAUGUUUUAUUAUUUAAAUCACAUAUGUUCGGUUUAAAAUCGAUGUCUAAAAAUGAUAUAUUUUAGCUACCUACUAUAAUGGAUUUUCGUGCAUAAUAAUUUUGUCAAAUACAAACUCCAACUGUAUACCUAUACUUUUUUGUAUCAGUAUCAGUAAUAGGUAUAUUUAAUUGUAACUAACCAUAAAUGUAUUCUAUUUUAAUGCCAUCCUUCAUACACGAUAGUCUAAGUAUGUAUUAAAAAUAAAAUAGAAGAUGAUCCACUGAUGCAGUUGUUAUUGAGAAAAACGAUAGGUAUAUUUUAUAACAUAAAAAAGGUAAAUAAAUAAUAAUUAUUUCGAUUUAUAUUCUAUUUUAAAUUAUUUUGAUAGACAGUCAUUAUUGUUUAACGAAAUUAAAUUCGUAUAGCAAUAUUACUUGUUUUUUUUUCAUUUAAAUCCGCGCACCAUAGACUAUUGUUACAAUACUGUAGUUGCAAGGCAUUUUGUCUCACAUAUUGUGGGGUGUAUAUUUUGAAUGCGACCAAAACUGGUGAAAGGAAAGACUUACAUUGUAAGAUCACGUAGAAACUAAUACGUGUUUGUGACAAAGUGGCGCAAAACGUGUGACUAAUUCAUAUGCCGCCAGACACAAGGGAUGGGCCAAUGAGAGUCUCUGUCACUAAGAUUAACGCUAUAUCAUUGGGAAUGCAGAGGUCUUUGAUGAAGCCACCUGCCAUUCUGACCGGCUUGACCUGCACGUUGUCUCCUCUCGUCAGUGUAAGAGCAACAGUUGGUGUGGACGUGUGGUCGGUUACCACACGUUCACACCGGAUCCUGCGAGCGACAACUAGGCCUUUUCAUUUUAAUGAAAAUAUAUCAGUGUUAUAUUUAUUUGGAUUUGGAUUUAGUGUUAAGAAAACUGCAUAAAUCAAACACAACUGAGAAUAAGUUCUACCGAUUGAGCUAGUCGGACCGGAUUGGCAGUUCGAUCAUAAAGCGUUACAUACCAACUUUUAAUAUUAUCAUCAUCUAUGAACAGAUGUUUUGAUACGCAUUCGAAUGUAUAGUGGUCCAAAUCCUGUUAGUCGCAACUUCCACCGCCACUUUAAAUAUUGCCAAUCUACAAAAUUGAAUCCUGGAUGAUAUCGUGAUGAAAUUUUUGCUUAGAUGCACAUUCAUCUAUCGGAAACGGCACAGUACCCAAUACCAUUACUUAAAAACUUUUGCCCGGUGAUCCAACGGAGGACACGAUUCCUGUAUCCAUUUUAAAUAAUCGUGCAGAUUCGGGACUGUGGUGAAGUAAUGCGCACCAUAGUAUAAUAGUUAUGAAGAGUCCAAAGUACAAUUAUAAAUUACACGUUAGCAACGAUCAUGCACCAUGCGUGAAAGAAAAGUGUGUACAGACAAAAAAAUUACCGUUCGAGAAUCACAAGUUAAAAAUGUUAAAAAUCAAAGUCCAUAUUUGGAAUCGAGUGUUAAGACAACUGCAUUCAUCGAACACAACUGCGAAUAAGACCAAAAUUACGUUCUUUUUCUUAUUGCUAACGAACGUUUCAAACACCACACUGUUGUCGAACACUAUACUAAUUCCUCAAUACGGAUACAGACGCGAGACUGUGUGACUUCUACCGACUGACUUAGUCGGACCAGAUUGGCAGUUCGAUCACAUAUAGCGUUAUUAUUACAUACCAGCCUUUCAUAUUGUCAUCUUCUAUGAAUAGAUAGAUUAACGUAUACUGACUUAAUUUUUUUUUUUUAAUAUAUUAUAUUAUGAUGUAUUAAU